ACGCCCCUCCCCCCACCCCCAGACAAAAAGGACCCUUCGAAAUGGGGAAAUGCAUAAUCAUCGGAAAGUUCAACGAGGACCAGGUAUUAGAGGAAUACGCCCAGAAAAUACCAAGUCCCUCCAACCGUGUUGACUUUGGUGCAUCGGCAAUAGAAAGCAGACAUUGACAUUCAUUCACAUGAACAAAGGAUUUGAUAUUUACCUCUUCUCAUUAAUAAUUAUAUAAAUGAAGCUACCUACUGCCUUCUGAAAUCUUGUCUUUCAAGCAUCUCUUCAUCUCUUCUCUGCAAUUGUAUCCGAAUUUGGAGGUGUUCACAACAUGGAUGCAGAAUUGAUGAACUUAAAGAAUAGAAGGGUGGUGGUGAUUGGAGGGGGUGUUGCAGGCUCUCUCCUGGCUAAAUCUCUUCAAUUCCAUGCUGAUGUUACCCUUCUUGAUCCGAAGGAAUACUUUGAGAUCCCAUGGGCAAGCUUGAGGGCAAUGGUGGAACCGUCAUUUGCAGAGAGAUCAGUCAUCAACCACAGAGAUUAUCUCACUAAUGGUCGGAUCAUUACAUCCAGAGCAAUCAGUGUUACUGACAAAGAAGUUUUGACUGCAGAGGGCCGUGCACUUGUCUACGACUAUCUUGUCAUUGCCACUGGCCAUUUGUAUUCUGUCCCCAGAACUAGAACUGAGAGGCUUAGUCAAUACGAAACAGAAAAUGAAAAGAUAAGAUCAGCAGGUUCCAUUUUGAUCAUCGGAGGAGGCCCCACUGGUGUUGAACUCACUGGAGAGAUUGCUGUUGACUUCCCAGAGAAGGACGUCACUCUGGUGCAUAAUGGAUCAAGGUUGAUGCAAUUCAUUGGGCCAAAAGCUUCCAAUAAGACUCUAGAUUGGUUGAGAUCAAAGAGAGUUGAAGUGAAGUUGGAGCAAUCAGUCAAUUUGAAUUCGGUUUCAGAUGGAAGCAGAACAUAUCAAACUUCUGCUGGAGAAACUAUCGAAGCAGAUUGCCAUUUCUUGUGCACAGGGAGUCCACUGGGUUCAGCAUGGCUAAAAGAGACUUUCUUGAAGGAUAAAUUGGAUAUUCAUGGAAGAUUGAUGGUUGACAAAAACUUGAGAGUCAAGGAUCACUCUAACAUCUUCGCCAUUGGGGAUAUUACCGAUAUUCCAGAAAUCAAACAAGGGUAUACGGCACAAAAACAUGCUGAAGUGGUAGCAACGAACUUGAAGUUAUUGAUGGGGGGAGGAAAAGAAAGCAAAAUGGCAACUUAUGAGCCUCAAUCCAUGAAGGCGAUUGUUUCAGUUUCACUGGGAAGGAGAGAAGCAGUGGCACAACUCCCAUUCACAACGACAAUUGGACACAUUCCUGGUAUGAUCAAAUCAAGGGACUUGUUUGUUGGAAAAACAAGGAAGAGAAUAGGCUUAGACCCUCAUAUAGUGCAUGAAUAAGGAUUGUGCUGAUGCAGUUCACUUGACCCUCAUAUAGCCAAGACCUUUUACCUGGAUGGCUUCAUAUCUUAGUUGUGUAGUAGUUGUAAUAGCAAUUUAUUUGUCUACACGAAAUUAGUUGAAAAGGGAUUUAUAUUUGGUAAAAUCUAAGACUUAUUAUUUAA